AUGCGAAACACCUUCACAAGGGCACUAAUACUAACCGUCAUUAUGCUCGCCAUCGGCGGCAUACUCCUUCGAUCCGACAUGGACGUGCAGUCGGCGCUCGCCAGGACGGCCGCAUCGGCAAGAGAGGCAAUAUCGCUGCAGAAACCCAUGAGCAAGCCGGAAUCUGCGGGCUGGGGCGGGCCAGCGAGAACAUCAGGGAACGAGAUCAGCUUCGCAGCGGAUGGCACGGCCGCACUCUCUAACUCGUCCCGUACGAUGGCAUGCGACUACGAUAUGGAGAAGCUCAGGAAGUGGAAGCAACAGUUUCACCUCGAGGAGACCUUCGAGUACACGAAGCGAUACGUUCAAGUUUCCCGCCGAGACAUUCCGAGAAAGUCCGUCACUGAGCUCGGACAGAACUUGCUUGUUGAUGCCGUCAAGGUGGUCGAUGUGAACAAGCAAUACCAAUCUGAGGCCUGCCCCGCGCCUCUUGUUGCCCCGGUCACCAAAUCCCCGUUCCCGAGCACUGCCAAUGCGUCCGACUUCAUGUUCGGCGUUUCAACUACCUACCAGCGAUUCACCGACCCACGGACGAGCCCCAUCAAUGAGUGGUCCUACUGGCUGACGGACGGCAAGGGCCACUCCAACGGUGGAAAGCUGGUGUUGUUACUGCUGAACGCAACCGAUGGCGAGCUGGAAGAUGCCCAUAACCAGCUCACCAAUGUCGGCAUCGACGUGGAUGUGUACCGCUCCGACCCGAACCUCAUCAUGGCGGUGCGCUACCUCGCCCUGGUGCCCACGCUGUACCAACACCCGGCAGGUAGCAGCAAGAAGUGGCUCGUCAUCUGCGAUGACGACACCUUCUUCCCGUCUUUUCACGCCUUGGCUGACCGACUCGCCAAAUACAACCAUGAACGACCAAUGUACAUUGGCACCUUCUCCGAAGACGUCAACAACAUCCAGCGGCACGGCUCUCAAGCAUUUGGCGGCGCUGGCGUGUUCCUGAGCGUGCCCAUGUCCAAGAUUGUGUCCGAGAAGUACGACAGCUGUAGGACAGAGCAGAAGAUUCUCGAGUCCAAUACGGGCUGGGGCCCUCAGGGCGACAUCAUCCUUCGCAAGUGCAUCUACGAAAACUCCGAGGUCAAGCUCACGCUGCUCAACGACCUCUGGCAGCUCGAUCUGUUCGGUGACCCGUCAGGCUUCUACGAGUCCGGCAUCAAGCCUUUGUCCCUGCACCACUACCGCGGCGGCAUAUGGCACGUCGCGCACCCCUGGCACUACACCAAGGUUGCCCACGUCUGCGGCGAGGACUGCACUCUGCAGCGGUUCCAGACCGCCGACGACUUCAUCAUCUCCAACGGCUUCAGCAUUGCCUACUAUCCCCAGGGUAUCGACUUCGACCUUGACCAGUUCGAGGCCACGUUCCACCCAGCACCGGAAGACAAGGGUUGGAACCUGGACUACAAGAUGGGCCCCCAGCGGGCCUCGCUGCAUAAGACGGGGCGCAAGAUCUCGUGGGACCUGCAGGAGGCGACGGUCAAUGACGACGGCAGCGUCACGCAGGUGUAUGUGUGCAAGCAUGACGACUGGCGGUGGAAGAACCCUGAUGAGACGCCCAUGACUAGCCGGGAUGGGAUUAUUGAGCUUGUGUGGCUGCCCGACGCAUGGUAA